UCACUACAUAUCCGAGAAUAACAGAAAGAAAUUGCUCACCUUUUAUAGUUUACUUAGAGAGCAGUUCUUCAGUCAUCUUCAAGAUCAAAAGUUUACCCUCUCUGGAGAUCGAAAAUGAUGGCGUUUUGGUGGCCGAUCAUCGUUCUCGCCUUUGCUUAUGCGAUCUGUCGUUUUAUGCUCAUUCCCCCAAAUGUUCCAUCCAUUGAUGUCGAUGCCUCCGACGUGUUGGAUGACGGGAACCAAACUCAGGAAAACAGCUUUAUUUACAUACCGCCGAGGGGAAGAACACAACAAUCAGACAGAAAAGUUCAAUGCUAUGAGCCAGCUACUAUGAAGUACUUAGGCUAUUUCCCAGCAUUAACACCUGCCGAGGUCAAGGAGCGUGUGGCACAAGCCCGGAAAGCACAGAAGAUUUGGGCAAGAAGUAGUUUCAAGCAAAGGCGACAGUUUUUGCGGAUUCUUUUAAAAUAUAUUCUUAAACACCAAGAGCUUAUAUGCGAAGUCUCUUCACGUGAUACUGGGAAAACAAUGGUCGAUGCCUCUUUAGGAGAGAUCAUGACUACAUGUGAGAAGAUAACCUGGCUUCUUUCAGAGGGUGAAAAGUGGCUCAAGCCUGAAUACCGAUCUUCUGGAAGAUCAAUGCUUCACAAGAUAUCCAAAGUGGAAUUUCACCCGCUUGGGGUAAUUGGGGCUAUUGUUUCAUGGAAUUACCCUUUUCAUAAUAUUUUUAAUCCAAUGCUUGCAGCUGUGUUCUCAGGAAAUGGUGUGGUAAUUAAGGUUUCCGAGCAUGCAAGCUUUUCUGGAUGUUUCUACUUUCGGAUAAUCCAAGCAGCUCUUGCUGCUGUUGGAGCUCGAAAUCUGGUUGAGGUAAUUACAGGCUUUGCUGAAACAGGAGAAGCGUUGGUAUCUUCUGUUGACAAAAUCAUAUUUGUUGGGUCACCAGGUGUAGGGAAGAUGAUAAUGACAAAGGCUUCUGAGACCCUUAUACCAGUUACACUUGAGCUUGGUGGGAAAGAUGCUUUUAUUGUGUGCGAAGACGUAGAUAUUCCACACGUUGCGCAAGUUGCUGUUAGAGCCGCUCUUCAAUCAAGUGGACAGAACUGUGCUGGUGCUGAGAGAUUUUAUGUUCACAGGGAUAUUUGUACUUCAUUUGUCAAUCAAGUGGCUAAGAUUGUGAAGUCCAUUUCAGCUGGCCCACCACUUGCUGCAAGAUAUGAUAUGGGUGACAUAUGCUUGCAAGAGCAUUCUGAAAAGCUUCAACACCUUGUAGAUGAUGCUGUAGACAAAGGGGCUGAAAUUGUGGCUCGUGGAAGUUUCGGCCAUCUAGGUGAAGGUGCAGUUGAUCAGUUUUUCCCUCCGACGGUGCUCAUAAAUGUAAACCACACGAUGACGUUGAUGCAAGAAGAGACUUUUGGACCAAUCAUGCCGAUAAUGAAAUUCAGCACAGAUGAAGAAGUUGUCAAGCUUGCAAAUGAUUCAAGAUAUGGGCUUGGCUGUUCUGUUUUUUGGGGCUGUCAAAGGCGUGCCAAGGAGAUAGCUUCCCAAAUACAUUGUGGAGUUGCUGCAGUUAAUGAUUUUGCAUCAAGUUACAUGUGCCAGUCCCUGCCUUUUGGUGGCGUAAAAGAUAGUGGGUUUGGGCGAUUUGCCGGUGUUGAGGGAUUAAGAGCUUGCUGUCUGGUGAAGUCAGUCGUUGAGGAUAGAUGGUGGCCUUAUAUAAAGACCAAGAUACCAAAGACCAUUCAGUAUCCAGUUGCUGAAAAUGGGUUCGAGUUUCAAGAAUCGCUGGUCGAGGCGCUUUACGGGUUGAACAUUUGGGACCGACUACGAGCACUGGUGAAUGUUCUGAAGAUCAUUUCGGAGCAAAAUCCUGUUGCAAGUAGCAAGAGAAAUGCUUGAGUUCCACACUCUAAAUGAGUUCGUUC